AUGGAUGCGCUCUUGCCAAUUUACAUAUCUGGCUUGGAUGAUCUCAUACCCAUCCUGGACGGCGCGCGUGUCUUCCGUGAUUAUAGCAACGAGCGGUCCUCCCCAUACCUAGUGAAGGCAAUGUGCCUUGUGACCUGCAAAAUGAUAUCGGCGGCCCCUUUCCUCCGAAUGAAAGCUGAUGGACCACUCAUGGAGCCUCUGGAGUUUGCAUCUAAGCUUCUGGCAGGACUCAAUGCGGCUAUCAAAGCAGAUCUCGAGCCCGAUAGGAUCGUCAAGGUCCAAGUCCUUGCAUUGAUGCAUCUACACACGGAUGGUUUGGCUGGAAUGGACCGUGCAUCGAGUUACCUAUCACAGGCCAUUUGUGAAGCAUGGUCGUUAUCUCUACAUGUGCAAAUUCCGGGGAAUCCAGAACAAGAUCGGAACGGCCUUUUGUGGUGGUCUCUGCGAAACUUCGACCGAGUAAACAAACCUAUUACGGGAGCGGCACCUUUCCUCAUUGACGACACUGACAUUGGACUUGAGCGUAUCGGCCUAAUGAAAAACAGCUACCGCUCCCAGCUCAUGGAGGUAUCUCUGCGUUUGGGCGAUCUCAUGGUUACUGCGACCAAAGUUUAUAAAGCGAGCUGCAAAGCGGCUGUCGAUCAGUGUCAUGAAUUUCUUUCUCUCUCCGAACUUACCUCGGGCACCGAUUAUGACCAUUUCCACAGAUCGCACAAAGAGUACCUGGAGAUCUGGUAUCAUGUGGCUGCCAUGCUAUCCUGUCGGUAUAGCGGGCCGGGCAGCGUUCAAUACAAUCGACGCCUCGCAUCAGCUGAUCGUAUUGUCGAUUUGACCUCCUGUAACAAGGGUCAGAAUCUCCCUCCACUUCCUCUUGUGCCAUAUGCUAUGUCAAUGGCCCUUACAGUUAUAUACCGCGCCUUACGUGACAACCAGCGGGAUACCAAAACCGCAUAUGACAACCUCUUCGUGUGCUGUAAUGCCUUGGAGGCUGUGAGCAAACUCUGGACGAGUACAAAGAGGGUGGUUCAGCUUGCAAAGCGGUUGUUAAAGCUUAUAAACAAGCGUGGGGACAUGAAUUCAAGGCAUUCGGAUAACAGCAACGAACACCUUCGCCGAGAAGGUGAAGCAACGAGUACGGGUACAGAUAAUUCCACGACAAUCAGACAUCGAGUAGACAAUGGAUGUUCCAACGUUGAUGGAAUACCGAAAAUUCCAACUGGUGCUUCUCAGACUCACAAAUCAAUGCAUAACGGACAUGCCGCACAGUGUGAUGAAAAUACACAACAGUCAAACGAUAUGUGGAUAGGAUCCGAAACGUCCCACUUCCAGCUCGACAGGGCGAUCUUCGACUUGUUUGACGACAGCUUGCCAAUCGCAUUCCAAGAUCCAGCCACGCUGGAUUAUAUCCACUUCUCAAUGAACGAAAAUAGCUAUUCCAGCAGCAACUUCCAGUUCUGCUCUAAUUUGGCCUCGCCGGACCUUGAAUAUGGCGGCGACAGCCUUCACGCAAACGUCGACUCGGACUUGAGGAUUGAAUUUUUGCAAAAUGUAUAA